CUUACCCUUAGCCGUGCGCACCGCCGGCCACCCUCCGUUUUCACCUUACCUCGCGCAGCUAAACAAGGCUCCAGGCAGGCGGACAUCCCGUGCGCACGCAGCCAUGACCAGCCCCACGCCGACGCCGAUGCUGACUUCCACAGCGGGCGACAACCCGAAUUUCACCACCACCGAUGUCGACGCCCUCCUGAGCUUCUGGUUCGACGGCUACGACCUCUCCUCUGGCGCCCCAGCAGAUCCGAGCCUAGUCCGCCGCUGGUUCCUGCGGACCCCGGAGUUCGCCCGGUCCUGCGGGAUCUUCACACCGCUGCUAACCCUCCUCUCCACGACCUUCACACCCAGCACGAUCGCCACCCUCGCCACGACUCCGCGCCGCGCACUAGCACUGACCAUUCUGCUCACACAAAUCCCACGACUACUCUUCCCCGCCUCCCCCAUCCACAGCGUGUACGACCCACUCUCUCUCGCCGUCGCAACUCACGCGCUCUCACCCGCGCAUCGGUACGACCUGGAAUGGAAGCGCUCCGCGGCAGUAAGGAUGUGGUUCCUCCUGCCGGGCGGGAACAGUAGGGACCUGGACGUGCUAGAGCAGACCCUGCGGCGCGCUGAGGAGCUGGUGCAUGAUGCCGGCGAGAUCGUUGAUGGCGUUUGGGACGGCGCUAAAGUCGCUGAGGCGAGGAAUCUACUGAGGUUUUUGGAGGGGAGGAGGGAUGAGGUGAAGGCCGCGGAGGGAGAGGGGGAGGGGGAGGGGGUGGCAUUAUAG